CUGCCUUCCUGUCUGGCCGCCAUGAGAGAGCAGAGGCCAUGGCCCUGUGCCACCCCCAUGGCCGUGGGCCUCAAGGAAGGCCACAAGGUGAUGAAAAACUUCAGCAAGCGGGGACACAGCCGGUGCCGCGAUCACCUCACCAAGCACACCAAGUUCGUGCGGGACAAGAUCCCGGAGGUGUGCGGUUUCGCGCCCUACGAGUGGCACGCCCUGGAGUUGCUCAAAGUGUCCAAGGACAAGCACACACUCAAGUUCAUCAAGAGGAUGGUGGGCGCGCACAUCCACGCCAAGAGAAAGUGGGAGGAGCUGAGCAACGUGCUGGCAGCCAUGAGGAAGGUGGCAGCCAAGAAGGAUUGA